AUGGAGUCCGAGUCAGCAGUCAUCCUUAGGGCGCCCGGCGUGUCGCAAAACGUCCAGGCGACGCAGUCGCAGGGGUAUUCAUCGCCCAGCCUAUCUUUUCUGCAGGGCACAUGGCAAGUCACCCACAGCACUCUGCCCAUGUGGAAAUCGAAGCGCAAUGUUCAGAUCACGUACACAGCACUCGCGCCAUCAACACCUGACGCUACUCCAGAUCAGACGGACCGCCUGGACGAUGUUGUGUCAUAUCAAGGGCUUGAUUCAGACAAAUUGCAUACAGUUCACGGUGUGGACAAGGCCAGCGGCGGUGUCGGAGUGACAGACGUGUGGGACUGGCGUGGUAAAGGAUGGCUCAUGAUCGCCAGUUCUCAUUGGGAAGUGCUUGGAUGGGCAGACAAGGGAGCGGGUCAAGACAGCUGGGUCGUCACAUACUUUGCCAAGACGCUGUUUACACCUGCUGGAAUCGACUUUUACAGCAGACGCAAGGAAGGGCUGAGUGAGCAGACAGUGCAGGACAUCAAGGCUGCGCUUGGGCGCGUGGACAACGAGGACGUCCGUCGCUUGUCGAGCGAGGUGUUUGAGGUCAAGAUGGACUCGUCGGCUCAGGGAGAGACUUAG